CAGGACUUAAAAUGAAAACUUACAUCAAAGACUUCUGGUUUGAAGGCCUACGACUACACACAGAAUCUCUCUAUUAGACAUACCACCAAACUGGAGGUCAUUCCUAAACGGAGCAGCCUAGGUCAAUGACUUUCCUGGCCUCCCCUCUCACCCAUAAACCCUAUGGAUGUCACCCAUUACGGAUCACAAGGAGUGUUGUGACACACGUCUCAGUAGUAGUACCCCGUCAUCAUCUUCACCCUCAUUAGGCAUUUUCAUUUGGGAGGAUCGUAAUGCAGGGGAACUAGCAGCGCGAUGACAAGAUUAUAAUCAGGAGGCACAAAAACCAAACGCAUCUCAUGAGGCGUAACGACGGCCACAGCCACUUCUGUGACCAGGCUACCACGACCUUCCCCCAAAUUUAAGAAUGUGUAUUCUGGAAACCUGGCCUGCUUCUGAGCGCCACCGGCUUAGGGGGCGCCGGGCAGGGAGGUUGGCUCCCGCCAGCCGCGACCACUGCCCGGGACAAUAGAACACAGCUGGCGGGAGCGGUUACUUGGAGUUGGGGGAAGGCCAGCAAAGGCUCGAGGGACGAACCGCCUGAAGCAAAGCAGCGAAGCUAGCCCUGCAACUCCCGAGCCCCGCUACAGGCGGGAAGGCCACGCGAGGGGCACGGCGGAAGAGGCGGGGCGUGGAGGCGGAGCUUGCCCCGCCCCACGCCGCCCUCGCGCUCGGCCGCGCUCGCCGCGGGCGAUUCUGAUUGGCCGGCUCAGUCCCCUGCGCUGAUUGGACGCGUGGGCGAGGCGGAGGAGAGCCGUGCGCAGCGGCGUGUGUGGGGCCGUGUGCAGACCCGCGUGUGGCGCAGGCAAGGACCCUGAAAAUAAACAGCCGCUGCUUUGCGAGUCGCCUUCCUGGGCCUGCGUCCGAGUCUCCACCGCUGUGGGCAGCUCAGACGCCGAAGCUCUAACUGCAGCUAUGAGCAGCAACGAAUGCUUCAAGUGUGGACGAUCUGGCCACUGGGCCAGGGAAUGCCCUACUGGUGGAGGUCGGGGUCGUGGAAUGAGAAGCCGCGGCAGAGGUGGUUUUACCUCGGAUAGAGGGUUCCAGUUUGUUUCCUCGUCUCUUCCUGAUAUCUGUUACCGCUGUGGUGAGUCUGGUCAUCUUGCCAAGGAUUGUGAUCUUCAGGAGGAUGAAGCCUGCUAUAACUGCGGUAGAGGUGGCCACAUUGCCAAGGACUGCAAGGAGCCCAAGAGAGAGCGAGAGCAAUGCUGCUACAACUGUGGCAAGCCAGGCCAUCUGGCUCGUGACUGUGACCACGCGGAUGAGCAGAAGUGCUAUUCUUGUGGUGAAUUUGGACAUAUUCAAAAAGACUGCACCAAGGUGAAGUGCUAUAGGUGUGGUGAAACUGGUCAUGUAGCCAUCAAUUGCAGCAAGACAAGUGAAGUCAACUGUUACCGCUGUGGCGAGUCAGGGCAUCUUGCACGGGAAUGCACAAUUGAGGCUACAGCCUAAUUAUUUUCCUUUGUCGCCCCUCCUUUUUCUGAUUGAUGGUUGUAUUAUUUUCUCUGAAUCCUCUUCACUGGCCAAAGGUUGGCAGAUAGAGGCUGUUCCCAGGCCAGUGAGCUUUACUUGCAGUGUAAAAGGAGGAAAGGGGUGGAAAAAAACCGAAUUUCUGCAUUUAACUACAAAAAAAAGUUUAUGUUUAGUUUGGUAGAGGUGUUAUGUAUAAUGCUUUGUUAAAGAACCCCCUUUCCGUGCCACUGGUGAAUAGGGAUUAAUGAAUGGGAAGAGUUCAGUCAGACCAAUAAGCCCUUUGGGUUUGAGUGUGUUCCCAUGUAGGAGGUAAAACCAAUUCUGGAAGCAUCUGGGCUUCCAUAAAUAACAUUAAUUUUUAGCAUAAUGACGGCCUUGGAUUGUCUGACCUCAGUAGCUAUUAAAUAACAUCAAGUAACAUCUGUAUCAGGCCCUCAUAGAACAUACAGUUGAGUGGGAGUAAACUGAAAAGACAAAUGUGUUGCUGGCUAUGCCAGAGAAAUCGGGAUAAAAGCCUAACACAGGAGCAGCUUCAUCCCAUACAGAUGGUGAUGGCAAAGGUGUAGAACACAUUUUUUUCAAAGACUAAAUCUAAAACCCAGAGUAAACAUCGCUCAGAGUUAGCAUAAUUUGGAGCUAUUCAGGAAUUGCAGAGAAAUGCAUUUUCACAGAAAUCAAGAUGUUAUUUUUGUAUACUAUAUCACUUAGAAAACUGUUUCAUUUGCUGUAAUCAGUUUUUAAAAGUCAGAUGGAAAAAGCAACUGAAGUCCUAGAAAAUAGAAAAUGUAAUUUUAAACUAUUCCAAUAAAGCUGGAGGAGGAAGGGGAGUUUGACUAAAGUUCCUUUUUGUUUGUUUUGAAUUUUCAUCAAUGUAUAUAGAACAAAAUGCCAUAUUAAAGAGGGGAAUGCAGAGGACUGAAA